CCCUUCCUUAACCCUAGACGUUAGGAAAGACACGCGGCUUCAUGCAAUCUACGGCUGUCAUUGGCUGAAAAGCACUACAACGAUCGCCAAGAGUUUAUUUUAGGCCAAAAGAAUUAAGUUACUUCCUAUGUCUAUUAUUUCAGCAGCUGUUAGGCAGAUCGUGACGCAUAAGCUGAAACACCGCGGAUUACUAGAAAGUAAAUUGAGAUCCCACCUCACGAGACCAACAAGCUGUCUGCUUUGUCAUUCCUCAGGGAUCACUAGCAGAGCGCUCAAACGUUGCCGAGGACCUAGUUUUCAGUUCGUGCGUUGCAUACAAGUUGUUGUAAACUCUUACGAAAUGCCUGAAAAGAAAUUUGAACGUCUACCGAAGGAUGUUGUUCCCAAAAAUUACAACAUUCGACUUCAACCCGAUAUCGAAAAGUUCACUUUUGUGGGAUCGGAAGAAGUAGAAGUCGAGGUCAAAAGUUCUGUGAAAUUUAUUCGACUGAAUUGUGUGGACAUAGACAUCAAAGAGGCAACUUUUCAAGGCACAUCCAAAGUGAAGGGUGAACUAUCCUAUGACAAAGAUGAAGAAAAUGUUACUAUUACAUUCCCAUCAGAUUUGGAGGUAGGAACUGGUGUGCUUCGACUGAGCUUCACUGGUGAGCUUAAUGACAAGAUGAAGGGCUUCUACCGAAGCAAGUACACCACACCUAGUGGAGAGGAGCGCUAUGCAGCUGUUACACAGUUUGAGCCAACAGAUGCCCGGCGAGCAUUUCCAUGCUGGGAUGAACCAGCUGUCAAAGCAACAUUUGAUGUCACAAUGGUUGCUCCCCAAGACAGAGUCGUACUUUCUAACAUGCCUGUGAAAUCAGAAAGUCCUCUUGAGUCCAACAAUACAAUGAAGGUUGUUAGUUUUGAACGUACUCCUAUCAUGUCAACAUAUCUUCUAGCUUUUGUGGUGGGUGAGUUUGACUAUGUGGAAGACAGGGAUUCUGACAAUGUGCUUAUCCGUGUUUACACUCCUAAAGGCAAGAAAGAACAAGGACAGUUUGCUCUUGAGGUCGCACAGAAAACUCUUCCUUUCUACAAAGACUACUUUGGCAUAGCCUAUCCCUUGCCAAAGAUUGAUCUCAUUGCUGUAGCAGACUUUUCUGCAGGUGCAAUGGAAAACUGGGGUCUGGUAACCUACCGAGAAACAGCCCUUCUUGUGGACCCGCAGAAUACUUCAGCUCGUGUUAGGCAGUGGGUAGCUUUAGUGGUUGGCCACGAGUUGGCACAUCAGUGGUUUGGAAACCUUGUAACCAUGGAGUGGUGGACUCACUUGUGGCUCAAUGAGGGCUUUGCCUCCUGGAUUGAGUACCUCUGUGUGGAUCACUGCUUUCCAGAAUAUGACGUGUGGACACAGUUCAUCAACACUGACAUGGGCAGAGCUCUAGAGUUGGAUGCACUGGACAAUAGCCACCCUAUUGAGGUGGAGGUUAACAGACCCUCAGAGGUAGAUGAAAUCUUUGAUGCCAUCUCCUACAGCAAGGGUGCUUCAGUCAUCCGCAUGUUGCACAGCUACAUUGGAGAUGGUAGUUUCCGCAAAGGUAUGAAUCUUUACCUCAACCGCCAUAAGUUUGGUAACACACAGACAGAGGAUCUCUGGGCAGCUCUUGAGGAGGCGAGUGGAAAACCUGUGGGCAGCAUGAUGAGUACGUGGACAUCACAGAUGGGCUUCCCUGUCCUCAAGGUCAGCCAGAAACAGGAAGGCAGAUCACGAACGUUGACAGUAGAACAAGAAAAAUUCUGUGCUGAUGGCAAACAGGCAGGUGAAGGCUACCUCUGGCUGUUACCUGUCACUGUGUCCACUGCCUCCAAGCCCGAUGUUCCAGUUAAAACCAUUCUUUUGGACUGCUCUUCUUCCACAAUUACACUUGAUGACAUAAGUCCAGAUGAGUGGAUUAAGGUGAAUGCAGGUACUGUUGGAGUGUACAGAGUGCAGUAUUCUGCUGAGAUGCUGGAGCAGUUGAUUCCUGCGAUUAGAGACAAAUCUCUGCCCCCUAAGGAUCGCCUGGGUCUACAGAAUGAUUUAUAUGCUUUGGCUCGAGCAGGUAGAGCAUCAGCAGUUGAUGUUUUGAAAGUGACGGAGGCCUUUGUCAAUGAAGACAACUACACUGUGUGGAGUGAUCUCUCCAUGAAUCUGUCUUCGGUAGCACAGCUCUUGCAAUACACAGACGUAUAUCCGCAGUUCAAAGCUUAUGUAAUUAAGCUAUUCUCAUCUGUGGCAGCUUCUGUAGGAUGGGAUUCCCAGCCGGGUGAAGGUCAUCUCGUUUCCAUGCUUCGAGAUAUAGUAUUGACUCGAAUGGGCCGCUAUGGUGAUAAGGCAACAGUUGCAGAGGCAGAGAAGCGAUUUCUAGCACAUGCCAGUGGAGAGCAGGUUCUUCCAGCAGAUCUGAGAGGGCCUGUGUACAUCACUGUCCUGACAAAUGGUGGCGAGGCUGUCUUUGACAAAAUGCUUGAGCUGUAUGAUAAAGCAGACAUGCAGGAGGAAAAAGCGCGCAUUAAUCGUGCAUUAGGAUCCACUCAGGAUGAAGGCCUCAUCCGCAGAACUCUACAGUUCGCUAUGUCGGACAAGGUUAGGUCACAAGACAGUGUCUUUGUUAUUGGUGGAGUGACGGGAUCUGUGAAGGGGAGAGAACUGGCUUGGCAGUUUGUCAAGGACAACUGGAAGGAACUUCACAAUCGCUAUGAAGGAGGUUUCCUACUCUCUCGUCUUGUCAAGUCAACAACUGAAAACUUUGUGACAGAAGAGAAGGCAAAGGAAGUUGAGGAAUUUUUCACAGUCAACCCAGCCCCUGCUGCUGAGAGAACAGUGCAGCAGUCAUGUGAAAAUAUACGUCUCAACGCUCGCUGGAUGUCGCGUGAGGCUGAAGCUGUUUCUGCUUAUCUGAAAAGCAAGGCAUGAUUAGUUCAGCUAAACUCCAUUUACAUGCAGUAACUUUCUGGCCAUGGAAAUAUUGCUGCUAGGCUGGUACCAGCAUCAUUUCAAGUCGUUUAACCACUUCUGAAAGUGACUGCCAUUUAAUAAGUGUACCUGACUGUGUAUCGGGUGAGAACAUGUUAUGCCAAAUGCAUUGAUUGUGCACCACAUUCUGAAGUCAAAUUUUUAUGCCUCAGGUAAUUAGCUUAGAUUGUUAUUUUAAUUUUUUGUUAAUUAUUUGGGUUGGCUAUUUUAUGGAUACUAAAACAAUUUCUAACUCUUAUUAUCUCUCGAUGUUGGUGAAAUUCAAUAGCCAGAAGGUAACUUUUAUACAGAUUAGUGUGCUUAACCAUUAAAUACAAAAAUGAAAAAUGUUAGACUGUUUAAAUUAAGAUCACUCACUGCUUACUACUUUAGGAAACACGCGAAUGGUUUCCUUUUUGUCAUUUUGUUCAAGUUAUGCAGCUUUGAUGUCUAUAUUGGUUGGAAAUGUCUAAUAAACAUUCACUCAUGUUAACCAUAA